GUACCUAUCUUCAAAUCAGUGUUGAUUAAAAUGCGGUAGGUGACGAAUGAGAUUCAAAUGAUUUUCAGAAUUUAAAAGAGGGAACCAUCAUAAUUUUUGGAAGGAAUAAAAUUUGCUCGAAAACAUGUUAGAGGAAGGAUUAACUACCGUUGUUUUACCUACAUUAUCUACUAUGAUCUUUUUCAUAUUUACAUUAAAUUUGUUUCGAUACCUUGUAGGAAAUCCUUGUAUUCAUAUUAGGGAUGUUACUAAAGAGCAUAAUUGGAAAUCUAUUACAAGAAAAAAUAAGGCAUAUUAUUGUAACAUUUGUGAAGGUUUAUUAUUAAAUGUGGAUGGAUUGAUCUGUGAUUCCUGUGGUAUUUGUGUCGAUCAGUCUUGUAUUAAGAUCGCAGAUAAACAAUUAAAGUGUAAAGUUAUUAAUUUAAGCACAAAUGAGUCAAUGAAACAUCAUUGGAUAAAGGGUAAUUUACCUCCAAUUGCUACGUGCGAUGUUUGUAAAGAGGAAUGCGAUUUAGAACCUGGAUUAAUAGAUUGGUGGUGUUGUUGGUGUCAAAGAUGCAUUCAUGAAGCUUGUAGACCUAUAUUAUCAGAAACUUGUGAUUUUGGUAAAUUUAAAUUAAUGAUAAUUCCACCAACCAGUUUAGAAGUUGUACAUCAACGUAGUACUGUAAGGCGUAGGUUACAACUUCGUACAGUUAUACCACCAAAUUGGCCUAAUUGGAAACCACUUAUAGUUGUCGCAAACAAAAAAUCUGGUAAUAAAGAUGGAGCUGAAAUUUUAUCUUUAUUCAGGAAGUUAUUAAAUCCUGCUCAAAUUGUUGAUUUAUCUGAACGUGAUCCGGUUGCUGCUCUUGAAUGGUGUAGACUACUUGGAAAAGUAGCAUGCACAGUCCUUGUAGCCGGUGGAGAUGGAACGAUAGCUUGGUUAUUAAAUGCCAUUCAUAAACUUCAGCUGCAGCCAGUUCCAUCUGUAGCAAUAAUUCCUCUGGGAACAGGAAAUGAUUUAUCAAGAGUAUUAGGGUGGGGAAAGGAACACGACCUAAAUAAGGACCCCGCGGAUAUUCUGCAAGAAAUACAAGUAGCACAAGAAGUGAAACUCGAUAGAUGGACUGUGGUGGUGAAACCUUCUAGUGGAUUGGGAUUUAGAGGGUCGCAUCAGACGUUUCAUAUGUAUAACUAUGUAAGCGUGGGAGUAGAUGCACAAGUGACGUUAAACUUUCAUCGUACAAGAGAAAGUUGUUUUUAUUUUUAUAGUAGUAGACUGUUUAACAAGCUACUGUAUUUAUGUUUCGGUACUCAACAAGUAGUAGAAAGGGAAUGCAAGGAUCUUGAUAAAAACGUAGAAUUAUAUUUGGAUGGCAGGAAAAUCGAUUUGCCCUCUAUUGAGGGUAUUGUGAUAUUAAACAUUCCAUCUUGGGCAGCAGGUGUUGAUCUUUGGAAUACAGGAUUAGAAGAUCAUGAAGAAUAUGAAGAGCAAAGUAUUAAUGAUGGGAAGUUAGAAGUGGUUGCUCUUUAUUCUUCGUUUCAUAUGGGUCAACUUCAAGUAGGACUUUCUCAGCCUUAUCGCGUUGGUCAAGCUAGUACUAUAAAGGUCAAAUUAUUAAAACCAUAUGCUAUGCAAAUUGACGGUGAACCCUGGUAUCAACAUCCUUGUGAAUUUAAUAUUGCAUACUGCAACAAAGCAUCUUUGUUGAUGAGUACGGUUAACUAAAUCUUAUUCUUGGAACUAGAAGAUUCCAUUUAAUGAAUCAUAAGAUUACAAAAAUAUUUAAUACAAUCUGACGAUACAAAGCGUAGAUUAAUGUAGUAAAGAUAACGAACCAAAAUUAUUAAAUGUAAACAAAGAAAGAUCUAGUCACUAUUCUACAAAAAUGUAUAAACUGUACAUUAUGCUUCGAAUAUGUGAAAGGUAAUUUAUAAUUUUACUCAUAUUUGUUCCUUUUAUUGCAUGAACAUUAUGAUGUCACGGCAAUUCCUUAGUAAAAGUCUUAAACAUAAGUGCAUAGUGUGGUAGGCAAUCUGAACGUUGUAGCACAAAAUUAUUUUUAUAUCUUUCAUUAUAUCUUUAUGAGAAUGGUGAUGUUUCCGAAACUUUUCAUGGACUUUUAAUGAGGAACUCCCGUAUAUCUUAUUUUAUACAUAAUAAAUAAUGAU